AUGUCCAGUGGGGGUAGGUUUAAUUUUGACGAUGGAGGGUCCUACUGUGGAGGCUGGGAGGACGGCAAGGCGCACGGCCAUGGCGUCUGCACCGGCCCCAAGGGCCAAGGCGAAUACACCGGCUCGUGGAGCCACGGCUUCGAGGUACUGGGCGUCUACACCUGGCCCAGCGGCAACACGUACCAGGGCACUUGGGCGCAGGGCAAGCGCCACGGCAUCGGCCUGGAGAGCAAGGGGAAGUGGGUGUACAAGGGCGAGUGGACGCACGGAUUUAAGGGGCGCUACGGGGUGCGGGAGUGCACAGGCAACGGGGCCAAGUACGAAGGGACCUGGAGCAACGGGCUGCAGGACGGCUACGGCACCGAGACCUACUCCGAUGGAGAUGCCACCACAUUCCGGGCUGAGCCGGUGCCGGAAGCCAGCGUGCUGUCUGCCUGCCCGGCCUCCUGCCCGCCGCCACGGCUGUAA